CCUGCCGUGCCAUCUUUAACCAGGCUCACUUCGCUGUGCAUUGUUUCGGAUCAGCUGUACAUGGAUCCGAAACCCCACCCAGCGAGGAAGGGCAAGCUAUAGGGAAACAGUCGGGUAGUGAAAAAAUACAGGGUGUCGUAAGGAGCUGGAGUGGAAAUUGAACGUAGUCGAAAUAUACGAUCUACAUUUACGCAAAAAAAGCGAAUCGUAUAGAAAUAACACACCCUAGCUAGCAAGCUAGUAUUCCGCGUUCUCUGUGUGCGAUCUCAGCACGGCGGUGGUGUAGACAGUCAGCUGAUAUUUUGCUACAACAAUAUCCUCUCCACCGAGCCGCUUUUCCAAGAUGAUCGCCUUGUUUAACAAGCUCCUGGACUGGUUUAAAGCGCUGUUUUGGAAGGAGGAGAUGGAGUUGACACUGGUCGGUCUGCAAUAUUCGGGGAAGACUACCUUUGUGAAUGUGAUUGCGUCUGGCCAGUUCAGUGAGGACAUGAUCCCCACUGUUGGCUUCAACAUGAGGAAGAUCACAAAGGGAAAUGUCACCAUCAAGCUGUGGGACAUUGGUGGACAGCCGCGGUUCCGGAGCAUGUGGGAGCGUUACUGUCGCGGCGUCAGCGCCAUUGUGUACAUGGUUGAUGCUGCUGACCCAGAGAAGAUUGAGGCCUCAAAGAAUGAACUGCACAACUUGUUGGACAAACCCCAGCUCCAGGGUAUUCCUGUCCUUGUCCUGGGAAAUAAAAGGGAUCUUCCGGGUGCCUUGGAUGAGAAGGAGCUGAUAGAGAGAAUGAAUCUGUCUGCCAUCCAGGACAGAGAGAUCUGCUGUUACUCCAUCUCCUGCAAGGAAAAGGAUAACAUUGACAUCACACUACAGUGGCUGAUCCAGCACUCCAGAACCAGGAGAAGCUGAAACCAGAGACCCCAGUGACCUGAAUGACAGCAUCGUGACACCACCCUUACCACCUCCUUCCUCCUUCCUCCUUCCUCCUCCUCCUCCUCCAAGAUCUUUUCCCUUCUGUAAAAACUCCCCACCCCCACCUUCUUCUCCCGCCUUUUGCCAAGGUCCCUCCUGAUUCCAUUCUUGUAAAGAGGGUAUGAAGAAUAUUAUUUGCACUUUUUCAAUAUUUUUGUUUUAUACUUGUAUACUUUCGCUUUGUUAAUAUGAUUUCAACUGGAUGAAAUUUACACUUGAUAGUUACUGGUCAGAGAUCCUUUUUCACCACUUCGCUUCCCCCCCCCCCCCAUGUUCAAUUUUUGUCGAUUUACACAUGGUACGUGACACCAAGUAUUAUUUGAGAGGCAACCUGUGUUACUCCCAUGAGGUAAAAACAGUAGAGAAACGUCCAUGUUCAUCAAUCAAUCUGUCAUCUCUGCUUAUCCAAGUAAAUAUAAGUCUGUAUAUAAUGAACACGGUCGGAUUACGAUUCAACUUGAGAAGCUGUGAAGUAAAGUGAGAAUUUAGCAGCCUUAUUCAGUUUCCUUCUUCGUCAGAUCACUACUGCUUGUAUAAAUUGCCAAAAUAAGUGUCAGGUAAGAGGACAUCAUGAGACUCACCUGAUGUCUUUCAUAUUUUUGUAAGAUUUUAGGUGGUGGUAGCCAUGUCCACGAUGAUUGACCCUACCAAUCAGGCUUAGUUACUUCUGUUUACUCUCAGUUUGUAUACUGAGCUAGCAUUGUGGGUUUUUUUUGGUUUUGUUUUUUUUGUUUUUUGCAUUUGAAGCUGAAAUUGGACGUCACAGGUAAAGUAAUUGAACCACAUCAUAGCUAUUUGCUGUUUGAGACCAAUUGGAGUGAGCCAAACCUUUGUAUGAAAGCAGAAAUUUUUGAAAUUGAGGAAUUUGAUGAAGAAAGCUAUUUGAAAGAGUUGUUGAAGCUUUGUUUUGUUGGAACACUAAAAUGCAUUUGUAUCGUGCAGUGCAAUGGUAUUUUAGAGCUUUCGGCUGCCAAUUUAAAAAUGUCAUAUACUGUCAGCGUACGCUAAAGUCUUCUUGUGUUGAUUCACUGGUAUUUGUUAUGCAUCUAUCAUAAUUUAUAGCCAAUAAUUAAACCUUAAACUAUUGUAAAAAGCUAUUUUCAUUUUUUUAUGAAUGUGUUUUUUGUGCUCAUCAUUUUAUGCCAUUCAGUUUACUUGUAUUAAAUCAUAAAUUCUUAUCAUGGCUGUGCUUUGUUUACACAAAUAUAAUGUUAAUCAAAGUAGGAAUAUCAAUCACAUUUUAUUUUGUUGAAACUAACACUUUUAGUGCCAUUUGGAGUCUGUUCUUAUUUGCAUCCAAGUUUAUGUUUUGCACCCAGUUCUUUCCGUCUAAAAGAUUUUUUCUGAUACAAAAACAGUUGUGACAACCCAAACAUUUAUGCUCAGACCGAAUGAAGUAAUAUAUAAACUUGAUUUACCCAAGCACUGUUGGCACCAUGGUGACACAUUUUAUGGCAUAAAAGAUUUACUUGUAAACCUGUGGGACAUCAUGUUUCUUAAGAAUGAGCUGACCUUCCUUUCUCACUAUGUGCUUGGUUUUUUUUUAUGAAUUUGUUGUUAAAUUGUUCUGCCUGUUUACUUGCAUUAUGCUACACUUUAUCAGAGUCUGUAAGGGGGAUUAUGGAACCAAGUGGCUAACGGAACAGUUGAAAUGAUUUUAUCUAAAAUUUGAUAUCUAUGAUACUAGCUUAAUUGCAGAUAUGCAAAUAUUCAUUAAAAAGCAGCAAAUGAUUUGCUUUUUCUGCUUAAGGUCCUAGUGUGACAGAAUUGUAUAAUUUAUUUUUUACAGCAUGGGAAUACAUUUAUACAGUGUUUCAUAUGUAUAAAAUGUGCGUACUGAUUUACGUAUGUAUACGGUUUGCUGGUGCAACGUAUCGGCACGUUGUGUGUCAGGUGACUUCUAUUUCCUCUAUCGCAGUUCCUCAGUUAUGGAUUCAUUCUAACGGUCUCGGUCCUCUGUCCUCUUGUCCCUCUCCUUCAGAUGUUUAAUAGGCAUCAGGGUGUCUCCUGUGGGUUACACACGUCUGUGAAUUAUGAAAUUAAUUGGACGGUCAUGGUAUCACUUGCAAUGACUAUGAAGUAUUUUUGUUCCGUAAAAAACGCCAAGUUCAUCUAUUAUUCAUGAUGACCUUUGAUGUUUUUGCAUAUUUUUGCAAGCGCAGUUUUUGAAUUGUACUCCCAUAUUGCGUAGACUAGCGCCUGUAUUAGCCCUUCACUUUCAG